UUGUUUGGGGAUAUUGCAUAGAUUGCUUGAUUGUUCUCCAGUACACGGCUUACGACCUCCGUUUGACGACGACCACGACCACGACCACGGAAAAGCGCUGCCAAGCUGACUAUUCGAGAGGAACUAUCCUACAAACUCAACGCACACAUCAACAUGUUUUCAAGAAGCAUACUACUCCAAGCUUCGGCUCUUUUGCCCUUGCUAUACGCACCCGCCUCCGCACAAAACGCUUGCAACAACUCGCCCGACCUAUGUACCCGCCCAUACAACAACAUCACAUACCUGGGUGCGCACAAUUCUCCAUUCCUAAGGAACAAAGAGACAUCGUUCUCCACAUCUGGAAACCACUACUACAACACCACAACACAACUCGAUGCUGGCGUGCGCCUUCUCUCAGGACAAGUUCACAAGGCCAACGGCACCGGCAACGAUGCAUGGCAUCUCUGCCAUAGCAGCUGCGACCUGCUUGACGCUGGAACUCUGGAAAGCUGGCUCGGUGAGAUAAAAACCUGGAUGGACGCCAACACAAACGACGUUGUAACCCUCCUCCUCGUAAACUCCGACAACGCCUCCCCCGCAGAUCUCGGCGGAGUUUUUUCCUCAUCAGGACUCGACAAAAUCGCCUACUCACCCCCAAGCUUGACAACCACACCGCAAACAUGGCCCACGCUCGACACUCUAAUCGGCAACAACACCCGCUUGAUGUCUUUCGUCGCCAGCCUCCCGAACCCCUCGUCAGACUACCCAUACCUCAUGGACGAAUUCGUGUACAUGUUCGAAAACGACUAUGAAAACGUCUCCCCUUCAAACUACUCCUGUAACCCAUCGCGCCCGGAAGCCGUUGCUGGAAACCCCUCUACAGCUCUAGAGUCUGGUCGCAUGUUCCUACAGAACCACUUCUUGUACGAGACGCAGCUCUUUGGUAUCCAGUCUCCCAAUGAGACCUAUGCCAAUGUCACCAAUGCGGAGACCGGCUUUGGAAGCUUAGGCGAAUCGAUACAGGAGUGCGAGGGUAUCUACGGAAAGCCGGCCAGUUUCGUCAUGGUGGACUUCUUUAACGUCGGACCUGCGAUUGCGAGUGUAGAUCGCGCCAACGGCGUGAGUGGCGCACAGGGCAGAAAGAGUCUUAGCACAGAGGCGUUGGUGCAAAGUACCGGUGCUGGAGUCAGAGAGAGGGGAAGCCUACUGGCUGUGGUUUUGGCAGUCGGUGUCGCUGUUUUCUUUGGAGCGUAAUAAGUGACAAGAGAGAUUAGUAUUGGAUAUUGCGGCAACUUUGGUUAUUUGCAUGGCGAUGGCGUUUUGGUCUCUGGAACUCCUAGAUUUUGGAUGUUCGGAUUAGGAUAUAUUGGGUCAACGAACAAAUGACGCGC